GUUUCUGACUCUGCAGUGGUCUUCACUCUGAAUAGCAUCUCGGACCUGCUUGGCAUGGGAAUCGACACAGACGAGGACGGACGGGAAUGCAUUUCUAUUCUGUCGUCCUCUCGACAAGUGAAACGGAAAUGCGAAAGAAGAAAAGGAAAAGAGCAAGUAACAGGCCCAACUGCGACGGACUCAAGAACGAAAACAGCCGGACCCAGGCCUCGUUAUUUAGAUGACGCGGCAAAAUCUGUGGUGGUGGACUACAAUAACAAUGCACGGCCCUCCAAGCGACACAAGGUGCCCAAUCAUGUGUUGUUUUCGUCGAAUACGAAGGAGCGCGUGGAAGGGUGUGAGGUUGUGCGUUUGGAGGAGUGGUCGGCGGAGAUGUUGUAUAUGUUAAAGGCUUUGCUUAACAAGAACUGAGUCGACUCUGCUUUCUCUCGCGCGCGAAUUGAUUGGGGUCUUGUCCAUGUCGUCGGCCCUUGUUGUCCUCCAGGUACAUACGAGUCUCAUGAGGUCGAG